CAACCUUAACCCCAAUGGCCGCGUGCCUAGACCUCAUGUCCGAUGACGAAAUGCACGGUGUUGAAUCUCAUCUCGCAUGCAUCGAUCUUUGACUACACCGAGUACUUGUAACCGGUACCUCACGCCUUUAGUCCCAUAUCUUUAGCAUAUCCAACCUCGUAGCAUACCCAUCCGUGCAAAAGCAAGCAUGGCCCCCGCCCGAGAAAAGACGAAACCUCCGGCAGCAGAAGUGAAUGGCGAACAAACCCGCACGAAUGCAGCGGCCGACGACUUCUCGACCGUGAAGCGGCUCUACGAAGGCAAGCGCGAUGAAGAAGGCUACCAGCGCUGGGAGGAGGAGCCGCCGGCGGAGAUGCAGGAGAUUGCGGCGCGCAAGACGCAGCGCAAAGCACAUCCCGUCGUGCUGCGGUACGUGAAGUCCGUGGACGAGAGCGGGGAUAAGGUGUUUCGGCUGCAUUCGCUGGUUGUGCAGAGUGAGGCUUUAAAAGACAUGCUCCGCGACAUCCUCGCCGACUAUCCCGGCGCAGACCAAUACGGCAUCCACACCGACGAACCCACCUUCGAACCGCCCUUCCAGCCCUUCUACCACCGCUGGGACAGGUUCGAAGCGUACGUCAACAGCGCGCACAGCAGCAGAGACGUGCAGCUGCUGCAUUCCAUCAUCGACGCCGAGCUGCAGCCCAUCCGCAGCCAGGUGGCGAGUCUGACGAGGCACGAGGGGUAUAUUACGUUCAACCUGUUGUGGACGCUGUAUUGCCCUGGGAGUCUGAUUUUUGGCCGCCUGCGCGGCGCGGAUCAUGUGUUUGUUGCGAAGCGGACGAAGAAGAGGCAGAUGCCUAUGGGCGGGCCGCUUUUGUUGGACAUUAUGUUGGACUGCAUCGACUUUGACGGCGUGAAAUUCGGCAGAUGCGAAGAGACAAUCUCCAUCAUGGAGUACAUCGGCGAACAACGCAUCUCCUCCCUCAUCACCCACCCCCUCGAAUACCACCCCGACAGAACCGGGCUAAUGAAACGCCUCUCCGCCCGAGGCGAUCGCUACUUGAAUCUAGCCAAAGGCGGCUACCAUCAAUACAACGGGCUAAUGUACCAGGCCAACCAUUUCGAACCCAGCUGGGAAGAUGGCAGGAUUGUAAUCGAUUGCGCCGGCUUCGUGAAGCAGAAUCCGUACCAUUGCACGCCUUGUCGGGCCUUGCAGGAUGCAGAGCAGCAGCCGCCGCCGCAGAGUGCGAAUAGUAAUGUGCCAGCUGCGUCUCAAGGCGGGAAUGCAGAGGCGGAUGCUGGCGACGACACGAUUACGAAUACGCUUUCCAUGGAUGUUGUCAAGGAGCCCGAGUUGACGGACGAGCAGAAGUGUAUGACGCGCUCGGUGGUGAGGGGGUUCAGUCUGACGCAGAAGAAAUGGGCGGAGUUCCAAGUCGACGACAUUACGAACAUUGUCUGGAACGAAGAUGCAUUCUCAAAACUCGUCAUGCCGCAAGCAAGAAAGAGACUAAUCAGGGCAUUGAUCCGCGAACAAAGCAUCCCAGGCCAAAAGCAAAGCUUCGACGACAUAAUCCAAGGCAAAGGCCAAGGCCUCAUAAUGCUCCUCUCCGGGCCCCCCGGCACAGGCAAAACCCUAACAGGCGAAUCCAUCGCCGAUGCCCUCCGCCUGCCCCUGUACUACGUAACGGCCUCCGAGCUGGGCGACCGGAUCGAAGACAUCGAAAAGUCGCUGACGAAAGUCUUCUCGCUCGCGCACCGCUGGCAUUCCGUCGUGCUGAUUGACGAGGCGGAUGCCUUUCUGGAGAAGCGGACGGAUGAGAUGAGCCCGGAGGCGAGGGAGAGGAGUAAGCGCGUUGCGGCGUUUUUGCGGCUAUUGGAGUAUUAUAAAGGGACGUUGUUGUUGACUACCAAUCGAUCGCAAAUGGCCUUUGAUGAUGCCUUCGCCUCGCGCAUCCACCUCCGCCUCUUCUUCAGGGAACUCGACGCCGAAACCCGGAAACAAAUCUGGCACAACUUCCUCAGCAACCUGCUCCCCACCUCCGCCGCUAAAGAGCAAGUAAACUUCGACGCGCUAGCAGCGAUCGAAAUCAACGGACGCGAGAUUAAAAAUGUGGUCAAAAUGGCGCGGUUGUUGGCCAAGAGUGAGCGGGAGGAGUUGAGUUAUUCGCAUAUCCGGGAUGUGAUGGAGGUGAUGGAGAUUACGUUGGGGGAGGGCAGGACGGGGGCGGGGGGGAGUUGAUGAGAGGGGAGGGGAGGGGAGGGGAAGCGUGGGUUAUGUAGUUGCGAUUCGAC